AUGCAGAGCUACACGGCUCUGCCUAACAGCUGCUCCCACAACAACCUCAGCCGCAGCAAUGACGACUACAGCUGCUCCUACAACAACCACGGUGUGGGCUACAGCAGAUCCCACAACUACAGCAGCUUCCCCUACAACAACCAAAGUCGUGCCCACAACAACCACAACAACACCCACAACAACACCAAUGGCAUCUACACCUACGGCUUCAACAAGAGCAGAUCCUCCACAACAACCACAGCUGCACAAACGACAACCAAAGCUUCUCCCACAACAACCACAGCUUCUCCCACAACAUUCACAACUUCUCACACAACAACCACAGCUUCUCCCACAACAACCACAGAAUCUCCCACAACAACCACAAUUGCAGCUACAACCACCACAGCUGAAGCAACAACAACCGAAGUGCUGGCCUCAACAACCACAGCUGCUCCAACAACAACCACAGCUGCACAAACUACAACAACAGCUUCUCCCACAACAACCACAGAAUCUCCCACAACAACCACAGUUGCAGCUACAACCACCACAGCUGAAGCAACAACAACCGAAGUGCUGGCCUCAACAACCACAGCUGCUCCAACAACAACCACAGCUGAACAAACUACAACAACAGCUUCUCCCACAACAACCACAGAAUCUCCCACAACAACCACAGUUGCAGCUACAACCACCACAGCUGCAGCAACAACAACCGAAGUGCUGGUCUCAACAACCACAGCUUCUCCAACAACAACCACAGCUGCACAAACUACAACAACAGCUUCUCCCACAACAACCACAGCUGCACAAACGACAAACACAGCUGCACAAACGACAACCACAGCUUCUCCCACAACAACCACAGCUUCUCCCACAACAACCACAGCUUCUCCCACAACAACCACAGCUUCUCCAACAACAACCACAGUUGCAGCUACAACAACAACAGCUGCAGCAACAACAACCGAAGCUCUGACCACAACAACCACAGCUGCUCCAACAGCAAUCACAGAUUCUCCCACAACAACCACAGCUUCUCCCAAACAAACCACAGCUUCUCUCAUAACAAACACAGCUUCUCCCACAACAACCACAGUUGCAGCUACAACAACAGAAGCUGCAGCAACAACAACCGAAGCACUGGCCUCAACAACCACAGCUGCACCAACGACAACCACAGCUGCAGAAACUACAACAACAGCUUCUCCCACAACAACCACAGCUUCUCCCACAACAACCACAGUUGCAGCCACAACAGCCACAGCUGCAGCACAACAACCACAGCUCUGCUCCCAAACCCACAAAACCACAGCUUCUCCCACAACAACCACAGCUUCUCCCACAACAACCACAGAAUCUCCCACAACAACCACAGUUGCAGCUACAACAACCACAUCUUCCCCCACAACAACCACAGCUGCACAAACGACAACCACAGCUUCUCCCACAACAACCACAGCUUCUCCCACAACAACCACAGCUUCUCCCACAACAUUCACAACUUCUCACACAACAACCACAGCUUCUCCCACAACAACCACAGAAUCUCCCACAACAGCCACAGUUGCAGCUACAACCACCACAGCUGCAGCAACAACAACCAAAGUGCUGGCCUCAACAACCACAGCUGCUCCAACAACAACCACAGCUGCACAAACUACAACAACAGCUUCUCCCACAACAACCACAGAAUCUCCCACAACAACCACAGUUGCAGCUACAACCACCACAGCUGCAGCAACAACAACCACAGUGCUCCUCACAUCAACCAUAGCUGCUCCCACAACAACCACAGCUGAACAAACUACAACAGCUUCUCCCACAACAACCACAUCUGCACAAACAACAACCACAGCUUAUCCCACAACAACCACAGCUUCUCCCACAACAACCACAGCUUCUCCCACAUCAACCACAGCUUCUCCCACAACAACCACAGCUGCACAAACGACAACAACAGCUUCUCCCACAACAACCACAGCUUCUCCCACAACAACCACAGCUUCUCCCACAACAUUCACAACUUCUCACACAACAACCACAGCUUCUCCCACAACAACCACAGAAUCUCCCACAACAACCACAGCUGCACAAACUACAACAACAGCUUCUCCCACAACAACCACAGAAUCUGCCACAACAACCACAGUUGCAGCUACAACAACCACAGCUGAACAAACUACAACAACAGCUUCUCCCACAACAACCACUGAAUCUCCCACAACAACCACAGUUGCAGCUACAACCACCACAGCUGCAGCAACAACAACCGACAUGCUGGUCUCAACAACCACAGCUGCUCCCAACAACAAGCUGCACAAACUACAGCUGAACAAACAGCUGCACAACACAACCAGCUUCUCCCACAACAACCACUGA